AUGGAAACAGCAGUGAUUGGCGUGGUGGCAGUGCUGUUCGUGGUCACCGUAGCCAUCACCUGCCUCCUCUGCUGCUUCAGCUGUGACUCGAGGACCCAGGAUCCUCAGGGGGGCCCUGGCCGCAGCUUCACAGUGGCCACGUUUCGCCAGGAGGCUUCUCUCUUCACGGGGCCGGGUCACCAUGCCCAGCUGGCGGCGGCGGGUGCCCGGGACUUCUGGACCUUCAUGUGAGGCCUCACAGUCCGCAGGAUUUGUUCUGCUGGUGGGUCAGACCCACUCACCCCCCAGUAAGCCUUCCCUGGUGUCCCACUCCUCCAAGUCUGCUUUGGGCGAACUCCCCAUCCCAGCCCAGCCCAGCUUGCUGUG